GUGUCGCAGCCCCUUCUUCUUCUUCUUCUUGUUUGGGUUUCUGGGGUUUAGGGUUUUAGAGCUUUUACUCUGAUUCAGGGUUUAAUCUUUGUUCCAUAAAGAUUCUGUUUUUGUUGUUCAAAUCAACUUUCUACCGAUGGAAGUACAGCAUCUGCUAUCUGGGUUUUGCUCAACCCCAUUGAUUCGAAACCCCAAGACCCAAUUCUUUGCGAGAUUGCCCAACCCUUGUGCUUCUUUUGCUCAAUCCCAGAAAUGGGUCUCCUUCAAGGCCUGCCCUUGUAAUUCACAGAGGGCGUUAUCUAGGAAGGUGGUGGAGUGCAGGAGCAACACAGAGAGAAGUGGGGCCAUUGCUUCUGAUGAUUUGAGGAAUGGGAUUAGGCGGAAAAAGCUUGCGGUUUUUGUGUCUGGUGGAGGCUCUAAUUUUCGGUCCAUUCAUGAAGCGUGCGUUCGGGGUUUAAUUCAUGGCGACAUUGUUGUUUUGGUUACUAAUAAACAAGGUUGUGGAGGUGCGGACUAUGCAAGAGAUAAGGGCCUCCCAGUAGUACUGUUUCCGAAAACAAAAAAGGAGCCUGAUGGAAUAUCUCCAAUUGACCUUGUUGCUGUCCUUAGGAAACUUGAGGUCGAUUUUGUUCUUCUGGCUGGUUACCUACAACUUAUACCUGUAGAGUUGAUACAAGCUUAUCCUAGGUCCAUAGUGAACAUCCACCCUUCACUUCUUCCAGCAUUUGGAGGCAAAGGUAACUAUGGAAUGAGGGUUCACAAAGCAGUCAUUGCUUCUGGAGCAAGAUACACAGGCCCCACAAUUCAUUUUGUUGAUGAGCAUUACGACACUGGACGUAUCCUUGCUCAAAGAGUAGUCCCAGUGCUUGCUAAUGACACUGCUGAGGAGCUGGCUGCAAGGGUUCUAAGGGAGGAGCAUCGCUUAUAUGUGGAGGUGAUAACAGCAUUAUGCGAAGAGCGAGUAGUUUGGAGGGAAGAUGGUGUUCCUAUCAUCCGGAGCAAAGAAAAUCCCAACGAGUACAGCUGACAGAGCAACAAUCACAUAAGGGAAAGGUAGCUAAAAAGAAUGCAAAGAGGAUUCCAUUUUUGAUCACUUAUCCCAGAGGUGUAGUUGAGCACUACCUGUUUGUCGGUGCCAUGUAUACCUACAAACACAAAAAGAAUGGCGGAUAAAAACAAGCUUCAUAGUUAAAGAGUAGCAAGAGGUUUUCACUUCAUGUAUGUAAAUGGAUUACAAAAAAUUGAAUGUGUGACCCAAUUUUCAUGUAUUGCAUUUCUUUCUCUUCACUGGAACAUCUGUGUGACCCAAUUCGAAAUUAAUGUGAUGUUCAAUU